GGAUGGUCUUGCUCGGUUUUCCACCGAUGAAUCUCUCUCCACGCACCAGAAAGUGUUACGGAUUCAAAAUUUUAUCGGGGUAAAUUCAGAUCACCCCACUGGCUCCGGUGCGGAGAAAGUGUUCGUGCUGACUUCGGAUUCUGGCAGCGGGUCCAAUUCCCGACUUUCUACGUGACGAUCACUAUGCUUCGUCUGCUGGAGAUCGCCUACAACCUGGCCAGUGCCUGGUCCAGAUUCCCAGCUGUGCGCAGCGUCUCUGGUGCUGUGGCAACGGAGGCAGCGGCUAGCAACGACCAUGGUUCCAUUGAUAGCUACAAGCAGGAAAUCGAUAAACUACGUGGCAUAGCUGACUCUCUGCCCUUCAAAGACGAGCUGCCUUUGGAUCUUCUCGACAUGCCAGAUGCAACCCAACCGCAGGUCGGGUCUCGACGAGCCCCGGACCCAAGUAUGCUGGUGGACUUUGAUCGGCAUACCUCCAUCCUCAUGCGUGUUUGGCAAUGGGUCUUGGUGGACAUCCGGCAGAUUACAGUGUGGUUCGAGACUGCCGCCGACAUGGUGGCGUAUCCCUUCUACAUGCAACUCUGCCUUGAUCGCGGGAUGGAGAUCUGUACGUUCCCCGGCUGGAUACUGAUUCAUGUACACCCGGAGCGGGGAAAGCUGACAUCUCUCAUUUCAGACGCGGAGAUGGCGCUCUACCUCCAACAAUACAGGGAUGCGAUGGUCCAUUGGCUGGACUUCCCUUGAGCUGAAGACCCCGGUGAAUCCAAUGAUGCGUUUGUGGCCUUUCAGCUGAACUUGCGUUUCAGAAAGUAGGUCUGGGGGGAGCUACACACUUGGGUGGCGAAUACUCUGUAUUACCACGAGGAUUAAGCGGGG